AUGAAAGCAGUACAACGUCUCAUUCAACUGCCACAAGGCGCAGGAUUUGUGCCGGGGGCGUUUGACGCGCAGGUUUUGGUUGACUUCGACCUGGAUCAAGUGAUCACGGCCAGCCGAUCACUGUUUAAAGCGCUGGUCCCACUAACCGGCACCUAUGACUCCUCUGACCGCGAGCUCACGACCAGUAUCAUGGUCAAAGAGGAAGACUGUUCACCAGCGGUGUCGUCACAUUACGCUUCGGCGGAUUCGCUUGCGGACGAUAGCGACGGCUUGAAAAUAAAGCUAAUGUCGUUAGGACCAUCCGGUGCAGCACUUUUACGUGACCGCCACGAUCAUCCUACUCCAGACACCGGACCGUUGAGACUAACCACAGAGCCAGUCGAUGCUACGGAUGAGCCCGACCAGAUGCAAAUCUACUUUGCAAAGGCCAUGAAAAAGUCUAUGCGAGACCAACAGCGAACGCCGCCACAUUCUGAGCCGACCAGUCGUCCCACCCCCAACCACAAGGUGUUCGGGGAAGGUAUGCCAUACACGAACAUGGAAUCGGCUGACUCGCAUGGCAGUCACGGUAGCGCUUUUUACCCUGACGACCUCGACAUUGACGGCGUCCUUCGACCUCACUUGGCUAUUGCGAAAGCCAUUACGGGAGAAGGAAUUGCUAGGCAGCAAAUUCGCAUGUCUGCGAUCGCCGAUCUAGAGGAGUUCUCAGGCCGCAAUCACGAUGAUGACCGCGCUCGAAGCUGGGUGCGAAAGGUCAAAUCAGCUUUCUUGCGUGACCAAGCCCCCGAUUCGAGGAACUGUUUGGUUUUAGGAGAUUUGCUAGCAGGCCCAGCCCGAAACUGGUACUCCCAGCUGAGCCGAUCGACACGCAAUAAGUGA